AUGUCUUUAACGAACUGCCGUUUUUACGAGGAGAAGUAUCCGGAGAUCGACAGCUUUGUCAUGGUCAAUGUCAAGCAGAUCGCCGAGAUGGGUGCCUACGUUAAGCUGCUGGAGUACGACAACAUUGACGGCAUGAUUCUUCUCUCUGAGCUGUCCCGAAGACGUAUUAGAAGUAUCCAGAAGCUUAUCCGAGUCGGGCGCAACGAGGUUGUGGUGGUGCUCCGUGUCGACAAGGAGAAGGGAUAUAUCGAUCUGUCAAAACGACGUGUCUCUCCCGAGGAUAUUGUCAAGUGCGAGGAGCGAUACAACAAGAGCAAGAUGGUCCACUCUAUCAUGCGCCACGUUGCCGAGAAGACCCAGACACCUAUCGAGUCUCUGUAUGAGAGCAUAGCCUGGCCCCUGAACCGCAAGUACGGCCACGCUAUUGACGCUUUCAAGCUGUCCAUUACCAACCCCGAGGUGUGGGAGGAGAUCACAUUCCCUAACCAGGUCGUCGACGACGAGCUGAAGCUGUACAUCAGCAAGCGACUCACCCCUCAGCCCACCAAGGUCCGUGCCGACGUCGAAGUCACCUGCUUCGGCUAUGAGGGUAUCGAUGCUGUCAAGGCUGCGCUGCGAACCGCCGAGGCCAAGAACACAGAGAACAUGCAGGUCAAGGUCCGACUUGUUUCGCCGCCUUUAUAUGUGCUUACUAGCACAUGCAUUGACAAGGCGCAAGGCAUCACUCGUCUGGAAGAGGCCAUCGUCGACAUCCGGACCACCAUUGAAGCUGCCGGUGGCAACCUUACCGUGAAGAUGGAGCCCAAGGCCGUCACAGAGAGCGAUGACGCCGAGCUGCAGGCACUUAUGGAGAAGAGGGAGCGUGAGAACGCUGAAGUUAGCGGUGAUGAGAGUGUUAGCGACAGUGACGACAACAUCCCUGAGACGAUCUAA